AUGGAGCGGGGAGCGGCCCGGGGCCCCCGUGGGCUCUGGGGGGACCCCCGGGCAGGGACCCCCCUCCUUGGGCCCCGCGCCCCGGGAUCGCCGCCCGGAGCGUUCCCGGAGCGUUCCCGGUGCCCGGUGCUGAUCCUGCAGCCGCUGCCCGGGCCCGGCGCCGCCCCCGCGGGACCCCCGCCCGCCCGGCCAGGUUUGAUGGAGCUGAUGAUGAUCCAAGGCUCCCAAAUGCACCAGCUGCUGAUGCACGGCCUGGCCAUGGCAGCUCUGAUGCCCCUCGGGGCAGGGACAGCCCCAGCCCAGGCGCUGGCAGGGCCUUGGCAGGAUGAGGAUGAGGAGGAAGAGGAGGCUGUGGUUUUCCACCAUCACUACCUGCCCUGGACCCCUCCCCGCCUGCCCCCCGUGCGGUUCCUGCGCUGCUCACCUGAGGAAGGGCGAGCUGUGCCCCCUCCGCCGCCCCCCAGCGCCACCGGCACUGUGGGACCCGGUGUGCCCCCAGCAGAGGAGUUUUACACCAUGGAGCAGCAGAGGGGGCUCUGAGCUCUGCCUCCCUGGACCCCAAAGAUCCCGGAUGGAUGCUCCACCAUUCCUGUGCUUUUGGGGUUUUGGGUUUUGGGGUGGUUUCCCCUCUGAGCCCCCCAGCAGGGCUGUGCCAGCCCCGGUGUCACCCCAGUCCCCUCCAGGCCGUGCUGUCCCCGGGGGUGGGACAGAGGAUGGUCCCCACCUCCAUCUGUCCCUCCAGCUCCCAGCACAGCAUCGCCUGUCAUUAAUGUGCUUUGUUAAGAGAGCGCCCUGCUGUGGCUAAUUAAGCAUCUGUAAUUACA